AUGGAGGCCGCUGUUCGCUUCUCUCAGAACUCUGUACCAACCCAGCCAGAUCAGCACUUCCUGAAGAUCGACGUUGCUGGCAGAGUCUUAGAACUGUACAACAUUGCGAAGAGGAGAAAACACGGAACAAAAUAUGACCUUAUCCAUACGUCCCACAAGCUACCGCCCUUUCGAGCCUUUGAUUGGCAUCCACUCGAGUCGACCCUGGUCGCUAUAGGCCAGACAAGUGGUGAGGCAAGUUUGGUGAAUCUCGCUGCUGGAAAGGACAGCACAAUUACAUUUACCGUCAGAAGCCCUCGAUCGUGCAAUGCAGUUGGCACGAACACCCAAAACUGGCUUGCUGCUGGCUUGGAGAAGGUCAGGAACGACUUCUGCCUCAACAUCUGGGACCUGAAUCAACGCCUCUCCCCUACCAACGAAAAGUCAUACGGCAAAAGCAACGAACCACUAUACAAGCUUGCUGGUGGUGAACCUAUCACGAGUUUACGCUUCUUUCAGGAUCAGCCUCGCUUGCUGGCAGCAGGUGUCAAGGGACAAUUUGUUCGUCUAUACGAUUUGCGCGAACCCAUCGCCUCGUCUGCACUACAAUUUGCGACAAAAUGUGUCAAUAACAUAGCUGUGGAUUCACAGGACGAGAAUUACCUUGCUUCGUGCUUGCCAGCCAACGUUCCGACAGUCUCAAUUUGGGACAGGAGGAUGAUUGCACGCACGAGUGCACCUCAGUAUGCCUUUAGCAAUUAUGUUAGCCAGGCAGACCAGCAUCCAGAGUCUUCUCUAGAGAUGAAAAAUGUGGUGGAUCCAAAAGGUCAUAUUUGGGGUCUACGCUUCUCGAAAACACAGCGAGGACAUCUAGGAGUCCUUUCGAGCACUGGUCAAAUGAGAAUGCUAAAGCUGGGCCUAGAUAAUCUCGAACUGGUACCAAUCAACGAACAGCAGGAAUCACGAAACCUCGACUGGGACAAACAGCAGCCACAGGGAGUGUAUCUGGACAAUUCGCAAAACUUCUCCAAUGAAUGGGACGAGUACCCAGGUGUUGAAGAGGUCAAGAGGAUUGUAUCGUUCGACUUCACGACUUCAGAGGGUCAUGGACAAACCGAAAUCAUUACUUUGACAGGACACGGUGCUAUAAAUAUCGAGCGAAUGAAAAGUGAGAGCCGCUCUGUCGUGUUGACCUCAAGCACCUCAUUCCACGAUGCAAAGGGACUCGUGGACCCCCAAAGAAACAACAAAACCACCAUGGCCCCUGCAAAUCAACAAGAAGAUCGACUCGACCUCCUACCACAUCUACGACAACGCUGUGAGCAAGGGUACCUCCUCGAUCCCAGCACCAACCUCUCCAUCGUCCAAACCAACGAGAAGCUCAGAGCAUUAUGGUCAUGGCUCAAACAUGCCAAGGACAUUACCGCUCACAACGCUUUCGUGCAAGGAGACAUCGACCUAUCGUACCUCGGCGUCUUCGCCCUUUGGAUGGAAGAGAUCGACAUCAAACACCGUUCAACACACGACUCAGCAAACAUCAACAGUGCUCAAAGCUGCACAGUCCUUAGAGACACCGCACGACGGCUCAACCUGCAACGCGGCAAGGGCUGUACAACGGAAUAUCCAGCUAACAGAGCUCUAUGUCUUCACGUUGCUGGCGUCGCAUACACCUACGACGACAUCAAGCACGAAUGCAACGAACUGGUCGCAGCUGAUGAGCAUACCAAGGCCGCUGCUCUUGCUCUUUUCAGUGGCGAGGACAAGCUGGCUCAGCAAGCACUACGUAGCAAGGGAGCGAGCCAUAAUCACACAAUGCUUGCUAUGGCGUUGCUUGGAGCCUCAGGCAGACAUCGACGUCUCAGUGGAUCGAGGUUGUACGAACGAACUGAUAACGAACCUACUGGUCAACAAGGCGAGGAUUGGCAGGAUGUCGUCACAGCUCUUGCCGAGGGUCUGUCAGAUAUCUAUGCUAGAGCCAUCCUGACAUAUGUCAAGUCUGGAGACUGGGAGGAUGUCGUCAAACAGGACUGCAUGCCCCUACGAUAUCGUAUUUACAUCGCCCUUCGUUAUUUCGACGACUCGAAAUUGACACGGUAUCUUUCAAACACUAAGAACGAGGUCAUCGCCACUGGCAAUCUCGAAGGAAUCCUUGUUACUGGCGCAGGCACUCCUGAGAGCGUCGAAUUGCUCAAGAGCUAUGCGCGGAUAUCUUCUGACCUACAAACUACGACUCUAGCAAUGUCUUUUGCCGCUGCAAGCGACCAAUACCUUCACCCCGACUCUCCACAUAUGCGUACUGUUGAAUGUUUCCGCAGUAUUUACAAAUCACAACUCAUGUCCCUAGGGCUCAAGUUCGAUAAGACUCGCUUCGAAGUUGCGCUCUCUCGUGCCAUUCGCAUGACCAGCAAGACCACACCACCUCGAAAGAGGGAACAGAUCCGCCUCGUCUGCAACCAUUGCAACCAGUCUCUCUCACGAUUUGGACAUGAGCAGCAAAGCAAUGAGCUGAAGGUCGACAUGAAAGACACGGUAAAACACAAUCUUGCGCCAGAGAAAGCAGCCGUGGCAGGUGUUGUAUGUCCGAAAUGUGCACGACAUCUUCCCAGAUGCGGCGUAUGUGAUCUCUGGCUCGGGACGCCAGAUGAGACGUUCUCGAAGUGGUACAAGCCACCUUCGCGGAACAGUCAGGCCAACAGUAAUGGUGUUGAUUUGAGCGCAAGUAUGGUCGGAAGCACAAUCACCGCUAUUGGACCGCAGAUGCACUCGAACGCACCCAGUAUUUCGGUCACGGGUACGAGCGCUGGCAGUAAGAAGGCCGAGGUGAGAAGAAUCACUGCGGCUGAUGUACCACCAUCUGCGAUCGAGGUUGUUGACGAAGAGGUGGCAAAGCAAGGAGAGCAAAAGAAGUGGUACGAGGCAAUGCAUAGGUUUACUGUAUUUUGUAUGCAGUGCUCGCACGGCUUCCAUGCCGAACAUGCCAGGAUGUGGUUCCAGGGCGUCGAUGGGCGGGAAGGACACAGAGAUUGUCCUGUGCCGCUGUGUGAAUGUUUUUGUAACGGCUAG